AUGAACACCAGUGGAGUGAGAAUUCUUUUGCAAAGAGCACUAGUGCAAAAUGUUACAAAAGUGAACCGCUACAGUGUUUGGGCGAAACAGCUCCCCGCGGUGAGCCAUUUUGCCCCACAAAACCCGAAAAAGUUGCAAGUCAUCCCGGCUGCUGGAACUGGAUUGCGGUACUGCUCAGCCAAGAGCGGUAAGAACAGAUUCGACAAAGCUUGCAUCGAUGCGAGUCUGGUUGCCACGUACGAAGAGAUAGUUGCUUUACCAAGCCAUCCGGAAAAACUGCUAAUCGAUGUCCGCGAUGCGUCCGAAAUUGCAGCCACCGGAGCCAUUCCGACCAGUAUUAAUAUCCCCGUCGACACCAUAGCCGAUCAGCUAAAGCUAAGUUCGGAGGCUUUUCAGAGCAAAUAUGGGCGCAAGAAGCCGGCCACCAACGAUCCCAUGAUAUUCACUUGCUGCGUAGGUCAGCGCUCUGGCGUAGCAGCAUUCGAGGCAGAUAAGCUUGGUUUUAAAAAUAUUAAAAACUACACCGGAUCUUGGCAAGAGUAUGCCACCAAGAACAACCUGAACCCUGGACCAGCUCGAGUUGUUCAGUAAAAUUUAAUUUGAGCAGAACGUGCGUGGGAAGCGAAAACCA